ACUACACUCGUCCAGCACGCUCGCCGAACACACCAGUGCAGCCAGCCGCCAAUCGGUCAGCCAUCAAAGCCCCGUUCAGUACGCGCGAUCAGAUUUGGUGCAGAGACAGAGCAAAAAGUUGAAGUCGCCGAACAGUGAAAAGUCCAAGGUUCCGUUUGUUGUGUCGUUCGCAGCGACAUUGUCCUAAUCAGUUCGUAGCGUGCACAACCGUUGCGUGAUUUCUGUGCGUUGAACCGGCGCUGGCGGUGCAUGAGCGGAGCCCAAUCAAGUCCUGGCCAGCGUUUCGUGUGGAAAGUGACGGCGGAAAAACGGUGAGGAAAGUGUCGUUUCGCCGUGGCCGCAGUGUAGGAGUGUGCGUGCCGCGUGGCGUAGUGUGGGUGCUUGCAAAAUAAGGAAGUACCGAGGAAAUUGGGAAAAUCGGGAAGUGUUGAAGGUGUGCUGCGGAGGUGACGUUCGCGGCGACUGGCGACCCCAUUGCGCGCAGCCCCGUGCAAAAUUCGACUGAACGGUGCCCGGCGGGAGUAGCUGGCAGGCCUGUGACGCUACCGCGCUGCCAAGUGUGCUCAGAUUUUCGAUCGGAACGGCUUUGGUGUGUCAUUUUUUUGGGAGCCGACGAACGGGAAAAGUCGAACAAAUUUGGCGUUUUGGAAUAGGGCAGACGGCGAUGUGUAGCGAAUAGCCGUGACACACGUACACGUAUGCGAGUUGCGGUUGUGUGCGAGCGUGCGCGGCACAACUGUCCAUUGAAUGUGCGAAUGUGGUGAGUUUAGGCCGAAACGUCGACGAGAACGACGGCAAGCUCGAGUGUGUGGUGAAAAGCAAACGUCGUCGUGAAGUUUAUUUUUCUGUGAUUUCUGUCGUCGCCCCGCCGCGAAUUUUUCAUCCUGUCUUGUGUAUUUUUUAUUUAAUUUUCCCGUUAAAUCGCGACAUAUCCCUGGAGUCUGUAUUUGCGCGGCUGAUGUGUGUUAAACGCGUGUGAUUUCAAUGGUUUUCUGUGUAAAAAUCGGCGCGCGCGUUCAGUCAUAACACCCGGGACGAGUGGAGUUUUUGUCGAGAGAAAAAAAGUAGUUUUGUGCUACGUGCAAAUUCCUCAGUUGGCUGCAUAUGUACAAAAUCAAUAAGCCGGGACCGGGACGCGCCAAUUGUGUAAUGUGAGAAAAAUACGGGAAGCGUGUCGAUCUGUUCAUUUGGUUAUUGGCCAGGUUUGCCGCGACCGACCGACCUGAAUUCGGACCAAGAAACCCAAGACGUGACGAGAACUCCAGUGUUGGGAGCAGCACCGGAUCAAGAGUGUCGAGAAAGUGUUGAAAGGACAGCGCAGUGCAAUCAAUCGCAAUCAAAUUCUUCACAAAUCGGAACUUUAGGGGCGACCAACAUUCCCGUAAAAUCGAAAACUAUUGAAGAAGUCGAUGAAGUCAUCCGCAUCUAGCGUUCACUGCAACACUAAUUUCCGAAUCGCCUCUAACUCAGCGCCUGCGUCGAUCGGUAGAGUUCCAGCUGCCGACCGCCACUCUAUUCCGUCCCAGGACACGUCCCGAUCGCAUUCUAACUUUUGCGCUGUUGCUCGGCUUUGCUGCCUGAACGACUAACGAUAGAUAGCUCCGAGCACGCUAGUCCAUCCCCAGAGUUUUGAUUGUGCUUUGUUUGUUUGUUUUGUUGAUUAACCUGACUGCAAUCAACAGGCGGCAUUUUCGCGAUCCCAACCCGGUCGCAGAUACACAAACGAACGUUGUGCAACUCAACCGCGACCCCUUGCUCUUCUCAGUGGCAAAGGAGGACGCGCCAAACACGACAGACAGGAAGUAACCGCCGUUCGUAACCACCCUAGUCGGGCCAGGAUCAUAUUAUUUGCAAAAUCGAAAUUUGAAACGUGUCCGUCCAUCACUUGCUGCUGAAACGGUCGCGCACGACGGCACACCGGCAACCUGUCUCCAUCUGUCCGCUACAGACAGACAGCAAACGAAUUAAUUGGAUGAGUUUGGCUCGAGGACGACUUCGGUUUUGCUUUAAGUUUUGCUUUUUGUGGGUUGCACCAAUCCAAACACCUGCACAAUCAUGAGAGGGAACUCUUACAAAAUGUCUCGAAAUAAAGACAAGUACGAAAACAAUAAUACAAGGAGACAACAAAUAUUCUUAUCAGCGGAUGAGCUUGCAUCGGGGCGAAAACCUGUUUGGCAUGGAGUUGAGAUAACAGGCAAUGUUCGCAAUUUAAGUCCGUCUCUGUGGAAUUUCACUCAUCUCACUGCCCUCUAUUUGAACGAUAACAACUUAUCAAGGCUACCGAGUGAUAUCGGCCUGUUAACGAAUCUGCGGACAUUGGAUGUCUCUUCUAAUAAGCUGCGAAGUUUGCCGGCCGAAUUGGGUGAAUUGAUUCAGUUGAGAGAACUACUGUUAAACAACAACUAUCUCCGUGCAUUGCCCUAUGAAAUUGGAAAACUCUUCCAUUUGAACAUACUUGGGUUGCACGGGAAUCCUCUCGGGAAGGAAUUCCUUUCAAUCUACAAUGAACCGAAUGGCACGCAGCGGCUACUAACAUUUAUGCUGGAUAAUCUAUCAGCUUUAUAUUCGUGGGACUAUGAGAAACAAGCUGUAAGAUUUGCAGUAACACCACUACCACAGAGACCGUGGAUACCUCUAGCAAGACCCAACAAAAGUAGGCCUUCAUGUAUUUUUACUGUAAUGUGCUAUAACGUACUUUGCGAUAAAUAUGCAACAAGACAAAUGUACGGCUAUUGUCCAAGUUGGGCCCUUGGUUGGGAAUAUAGAAAAAAGGCAAUACUUGAUGAAAUCCGGCAUUAUUCAGCUGAUAUUAUAAGCUUGCAGGAGAUUGAGACCGAUCAAUUUUAUAAUUUCUUCAAACCAGAACUGAAAAACGAUGGUUAUGAAGGCAUAUUCUCUCCUAAAUCAAGAGCGAAAACGAUGUCAGAACAAGAAAGGAAAUAUGUGGACGGUUGUGCUAUAUUUUUUAGAUCAUCCAAAUUUUCGCUUAUCAAAGAACAUCUAGUUGAAUUCAAUCAGUUGGCAAUGGCCAAUGCAGAAGGUUCAGACAAUAUGUUGAAUCGUGUCAUGCCCAAGGAUAACAUCGGUCUUGCAGCUCUGCUUAAGGUCAAGGAGAGUGCAUGGGAUCCAGUUACUCCUGAAGUAACACAAAUCGCACAACCCAUUCUAGUUUGUACCGCACACAUUCAUUGGGAUCCAGAAUUCUGUGAUGUUAAGCUAAUCCAAACGAUGAUGUUAAGCAACGAAUUAAAAACGAUUCUAGACGAAGCCAGUCAUAGUUUUCGUCCAGGACACAAAUUUGACACGAAUAGCGUACAAUUGCUUCUGUGCGGCGAUUUUAAUUCGUUACCCGAUUCCGGUGUCAUUGAGUUUUUAGGUUCGGGCCGCGUAUCUAUGGACCAUCAAGAUUUUAAGGAGCUCGGCUAUAAAUCGUGUUUGCAACGACUAUUGCCGAGUGAGAAUUCAAAUGAAUUCACGCAUUCCUUUAAACUAGCCUCAGCCUAUAGUGAAGAUAUAAUGCCCUAUACAAAUUACACGUUCGAUUUUAAGGGGAUCAUAGACUAUAUAUUUUAUACGAAGACGGGAAUGGUCCCGCUCGGUUUGCUCGGUCCUAUAUCGGCCGAGUGGCUGCGGGAGAACAAGGUCGUCGGGUGUCCUCACCCCCAUAUCCCAUCCGAUCACUUCCCGUUGCUCGUCGAGUUGGAGCUCAUGCACACGGCCAGUGCCCAGCCGCCAAACGGUCUAAUCAACCGCAGAUACACACAAACGACAACAAACCGAAUAAAUCAUACACAAAUAGACAAAGGACAUAGGACAUAGUGAAUAAAAUACUUCAUUUAAGAAUUUUAUACUAUCGCAAAAAAAAACCACAAAAAAUAAAACAAACAGAGACAAAAAUGCAGAUUGCUAGUAGUAAGACGGGCACAGACACAGUAAUAGCAUCCACUAUUCAUAUUUCGAUAAAUUGCAGAGUGCUGCAGUGAACACAGACAGACACAGAAACAAUAGUAGUAACACCACACGAAAACCAUCGACUAUAAAAUAAUGUUAAAUAUAAAAUAUAUUAAAUAGAGCAAUUUUUAUUUGCAACAAGAAAGAAUGUGAAAAUACAACAAUAUACCCGUAUGAAAUAGAAUGCAAUUUUUUUAUAAUUAUAUACAAUACAAACGUACAUAGAAAGGUCAAGGCAAAUAUCUAGAUUUAUGUAAAAGUUUUCACAAUUAAAGACAAAGAAAAGAUUCAUUCUUUUUCUCUAAUUCUAAUCUCUGUUUCUCUGUUUCAUACUUUUCGACUCUUUCCGUUUCUAAUUCACGGACAAAUGUCUAGAUAAAGAUAUUAGAUAAGUAGAAAAUUAAAGCAAAAUACAAUAUUAUGAAUAAAAAAA